CAGGGGCAUUUUGUAUUCCAAAAUCCAUGGCUUCUUGAAAGUCUUCAUAGCUUUGUAAGAUCGGAAUCUUAAUUGUAUUUGAGCAUACGUUCGCCGCUGCUUCGGCUCGCUGUUUCGAGUCCCGGUCAAGAUUUUUGCACUAUUUUCUUUUUUUUUAACCAUUUAAUUUAUAUUGAAGUCUCAGCGUGAUGCUGACACGGACACAUGAACUCGUGAAGGGUUUCUGUAUGAUUUUUAUUUAGGCGAGACCUUCAGUAGAUCACCGCACUUCACACACAGGCGCUUUGUGAAAAUGACGAAUCUGCGACCAGCUCUGCAACCGACCAUCAACAUCUGGAAAAAGAAACAGUGACCAUCUUCUACAACUACAACUGCUGCUCAGUGAUGUUUUGCACCAAAACGACUGAUGUUUUGGUUCAUGACGAGUGUAAUAAUCAAGUGUAGUGGCAAUGGUCGGCCUGCAGAUGGCAGGGAUUCUCUUGUAAGAAUUGGGUCACCGCAAAAAUAAGACGAAGAAGACGGAAUACGGAAAAUAUGACAAGAUGGCGGAAUGUGAAAACAACCACGACAACAGACAGCCGCCCAAUUUAGAUACCCAGCGUCCUAAUUUAUCCGAGCUGCUAGACCGUGGGUGGAAGAUAUUCGAAGAGGUGGACAGUACCAACCUUCCCCUGGGCUCUAGCAGCAUCCAGGUGGGAGUGAAACGCGGCAUUGGUAUGUUAGAAGAAGCAUCCAUAAUGGUGGCUCAGCUCGACCUGUUCAGUCGUAACGAGGAGCUGGAGGAGGUCGCCACAGCGGAACUGAAGUAUCUAUUGUUGCCCGCUCUCCUAGGAGCUCUUACCAUGAAGCAGACCAGCAGAGACAAACGACUUCAAAUAGUCCAGACAGCCCGAGCUUACUUCAUGGACUUCCUAAAGAGAUGUAAAGAGUAUAAUAUAUCACACUUUAAAAUACCAACGUCGGCGGAGAAAGACCCUAGUUGUGUCGACGCUCCAGAAGAUGGAUCUACUGCGGCCAAGUCUGUCCCCUGCCCAUCAGACCUGGUUGCCAUGGCAGCACAAAGACAAAGUAAGAUCGAGCGGUACCGUCAGAAGAAGGAGCUGGAAACCAGACUGUCACACUUACGACCAGCCGUAGAUAGCGGACUGGACGACGAUGAUGUCAACAGAGAUUUUUACCUUCUGAAUAUCCAGAGAUGGGUGACCGUGUGUCUGGAGGAAAUCGAGAGUAUUGAUCAGGAGGUGGAGAUACUCAACAAGAUGGAUGUUCUAAAGCACAGUGCUGCCAAGCAACCAACUCAGCCGGACAGGCAUCCCAUGAAACCAUUCAUCCUCACCAAGAAUGCUUUACAGGCUCAGGUUUUCGGGCCUGGCUACCCGAGCCUUCCCACUAUGACAGUAGAUGACUGGUAUGAACAGCACAGGAAACAUGGAGUACUGCCUGAUCAGGCAAUAUCCAAGAGGGAUGACGAUGCUAAUGCAACAGAGAGGGAAGAAGAAGAAAAAGAGAAAAAAGCUGAACAGGAUGAUGAAGAGUCUCUGCUGAAAGCCAGAAACUGGGAUGAGUGGAGAGACGCUCAUCGCAGAGGUUAUGGAAAUCGCCACAACAUGGGCUAACUGUUCCCAGCAUUGUGUGUCCAUCAUUGUUCAACCCGCUCUUAAUAAAAAUCUACAGUGUGGAUGUGCUGAAUCGAGCCCAGUCAUAAUGCAUGUGUAUCCCCCUCACAAUGUAACUGGAGAAUAAAGAAUGAUCAAACCAUUCAAAA